UAAUCCACACUUUAUGUUGCAUAGAGAAAAAAGUCAGUCAAAAGAGUCGAAUCACUGCUAUGCUGUAAUCGCCUUAGUUCAAGCUUUUUGCUCAGAAGUGAUGAAAUUUAAACCUAGCGCUACUUAUUGUUAUUUCUUAUUAGCUAAUAAUUUCUUCAGUUUUUUUUGCUGAUUUGUGUUUUUUGAUUUGUCUUCUUUCCCCACAUUGUCUUUCGAUGAACAUGAUUUUGUACACCCAAUUGAAAAGUGCUUAUCCAUGGAUAUUCCUCCCCCUUUGCGACAAUAAAUAAUAAAAAAUUAACCAUCAAAACAAUUUCCUUCAAUUUUUAUAUUCAACCCAUUGGCCUCUAGUCAUCUAACUUUAUCGUUUGCACCUUGUUUUUUAAAAUUAGUUUUUAACUGUUCCACUAUUGUCAAUUAUUUUAUUUUUACCCCUUCUACUACUUUUUGUGUCAUUCUCUAUACUUAAUCAUGGCUGCGAAAUCUCCAUUAUCAAAAUCAUCUGUUAAACCUGGUAAACCAAGAGACGCUAUUGAUGUUGUUAACGAAUGGGAUAGAAUAUUUGACAGACAAUGGGAAACUAUGAAGAAAGAUAAAGAAAUGUUGCUUGAAUAUGCUGAGGAGUUAAUGGUCAAUACUGAACUUGAAAAUGCUUUGUACGUCGUUCUUGAUGACUUCAAAAUUACUGAGAGACUCGUAGAAUGCAUCUGUAAAAUUCUUUUUGCGUAUCGAAGGUCGGACUGUGAAAAAUUACACCUUUAUGUUCUUAAUUAUGUGCCAAGUUUAAUGGGUUUGGCUAUGCAAGCGUCAGUUAAGCCAAGUGAUGUCAAGAAAAAAUUCAAAUGUGUAGAAACUUGUUUACUUAAUAUCUAUAAUAAGGAAAUUCUUGAUGAAGAUGGCAAACCAAAGAAAACAAAGAUUCGUAUUCCUGAUAUGACUAAAGCGACAAUCUAUCAUGAUCCCUCUCAAAGUUCAGGUUCACCUAGCUUCAUGGAACAGACCAUGAAGUUUUUAGAAUCAACUCUUCCUGAUAAACCAAUUCCAUCAUUUGGACCUUAUGAACAAGUUGAAAGGUUGCAUGCCAGUAAUCGGAAUAAAGUGAUGACAGUUCUCAUUCGAAUCUAUUAUCAAAAUUUGGAUAAUAUUAGUAAAAAUUCAUGGAAGACUCUUUGUAAAGUAGUUUUAAAAAUUCUAAAAUUAAGUGGACCAAGAAGUUCAAAUGAACAAGCUCAUGCCAUAGCUACAGCUCAAGCUGCAGUUAAUGCAGCCGGGAAAACGGGUUCAGGAAUUAUGACAUUUGAUGAAAUGUUGGCAGUUGGCUUAGCUCGAAUCCAAAUUGCUAGUGAAUGGUUGGUUGAGGUUCUUCGAUGUGUCCAUGUUUUCCUCUACAAUGGACUUACUGAUUUGGGAUCAAAAGUUUUACAGCAAGCUCACCAACGAGCAUUGCUUCAUCUUUGGACCGAUGUUCUUCUGAUGUCAAAUGCCAUGAUUCAUUCAUUCAAGAUUGAUCCUACUCCUGACCCAGAACCUACAGAUAUAACUGGAAGUCGAACUGAUGUCAGGUCACCAAUAUCAACUAUACUUACAGCCACCUCUGCACAGCGACCCCCAACCACUGCAGCCACCUUUAAGCCUUCAAAAUUACCUGAAGACAUUCCUAUCGUUAGUGCCAAACCUGAGAGAUCUGCAAGUGAAGCUGGUGAAUCUAGUACAUCUCCUCGACCCACUUCAUCUAAGGAAUAAUCGAAAUAGAUUUUAACCUUUAAAAAAUUAUUUUUAAUUCAUCUUUCAACACUUGUGAAAUAUCAAUGAAUUAUGGAUAUCAUCUUUAAUUUGUUAUAAGAUUUUUAUUACCUGUCAAUGUUUUAUUAUUGUCAUGUCAUUGUAAAAUUUACUGAUGAGCUUGUUCAUCUUCUAUUUUCAUUAAAACUGAAUUUUACUUCACCUCAA